GGAGGAGGACCUUCAGGGAAAACUCAUCUGUCCGUCUUCUCUCUGUGGACGGACGACGUCCACACAAGCUGCGGGCAGCCUUAGAGAGCAGAACUGAGGCCAAACUGCGAAGCUUCAGUUCACACGGCACUUCCAGCAUCUUACUUUACGCUUUUAGCGCGCUCCGUGAGUCGUUUUUUCCUGCUUUUGACUCCAGCGGAGCGGCUUUUGGCGCAGGGAAGCUGUGCGGUGUUGCUUCAAGUGUCCAUCCGGAGUCGACAAAAGUUUCCUGCCACGUUUUGAAGCAACGUCGGUCCUUUUAUUCCGCCCCUAAUUUUAUCUUCUUUUUCAACUAUCGUCGCUGUGUUUUGAGGGGAGUUCGGCGUCACUUUCCAGAACUUUGAAUCUCUGGGAGGUAGUUUGCAGACUUCAGAAUGCUGCCGCAGCUGCUCAGCCUGGCCUGCUGUCUCUUCUGCUUGCACUCUGUCAACGCAAAUGUACUGAAAGCUGAGGCGUGGCUGCAGAAGUAUGGCUACCUGCCGCCGGGUGACGUCAGAGCCCAGGCCAUCCGCUCACCGCAGUCGAUUGAGACGGCGAUCUCAGCCAUGCAGAAGUUUUACGGACUGACCGUCACUGGAACCAUAGAUACCAACACGCUAGAAGCAAUGAGUCGGCCGCGGUGUGGCGUCCCGGACAAGUUCGGUCCAGAGCUGAAAACCAACCUGAGGAGGAAGAGAUACGCGAGGCAAGGUCUGAAGUGGGACAAGUCUGAGGUCACCUUCAGCAUAGAGAACUACACCCCCAAAGUGGGCGAGAGAGCCACGCAUGACGCCAUCCGAAAGGCCUUUAAGGUUUGGGAGAGCGCCAUCCCGCUCACCUUCAGGGAGAUUCCCUUCAGCCAGAUCAGAGGGAAGGUCGACAAGUACGCCGACAUCAUGCUGUCCUUCGCCGACGGCUUUCACGGCGACAGCACCCCGUUCGACGGAGAGGGCGGCUUCCUGGCACACGCUUACUUCCCUGGUAACGGCAUCGGAGGGGACACGCACUUUGACCUGGCCGAACCGUGGACCACCGGCACCGUGGAUCAGGGAGGAAAUGAUGUUUUCCUGGUGGCGGUCCAUGAACUGGGCCACGCUCUGGGUCUGGAGCACUCCGACGAGCCUUCAGCCAUCAUGGCCCCCUUCUACCAGUGGUUUGAAACAGAAAACUUCCAGCUGCCGGACGAUGACCGCCGCGGCAUCCAGGCUAUUUAUGGCUCCAAAUCUGGAGUUCCCCCUCCUCCUCCUCGUCCCACAAAGCCGUCCAAGCCUGACAAACCCGACGAAGGCCCCGACAUAUGCGAGGGACACUUUGACACCAUCGCCAUUCUCAGAGGGGAAAAGUUUGUCUUCAAGGACAAGUGGUUUUGGCGUCUGCGUAACGACAAGGUCUUACCCGGCUAUCCCAGGCCAGCCGGUCAGUUCUGGAAGGGCCUUCCUUCAAACAUCAACGCCGCGUACGAGAGGAGUGAUGGGAAGUUUGUCUUCUUUAAGGGUGAGAGAUACUGGGUUUACAGCGAGUCCAGCUUGGAGAGGGGUUAUCCGAAGAGCAUUAAAGACCUGGGCACCGGUCUCCCCAAAGACAAGAUCGACGCCGCUCUCUUCUACACGCCAACAGGACAGACGUACUUCUUCAAGGGAACUCAGUACUACCGGUUCAACGAACAGACUCACAAAGUGCACAGCGACUAUCCAAAGCCCAUCAGCAAGUGGAGCGGAGCCCCAGAUAACAUUAAAGCUACAUUCAUGAGUGAAGAUGGAUCUUACACUUACUUCUACAAGGCCAACAAGUACUGGAAGUUCAACAACCAGCACAUGAAGGUGGAGUCCGGUUACCCCAAGUCGGUGCUGCGCGACUGGAUGGGCUGCGACAGCGAGGAGCCCAAGAAGGGCCGGACGGUGAUCAUCAUCGAGGAGACGGAGGGCGGCUCCUGGGUGGCGGGCGUGGUCAUCCCCCUCCUCCUGCUGGUGCUGGUGCUGCUCACGCUGGGAGCGCUUUUGUUCUUCAGGAAGUACGGCACGCCCCGACGCCUCCUCUACUGUAAGAGAUCGCUGCUGGACAAGGUGUAGGCGGCGCGUCGCGGCGGGGGGCCUGACAGACAGACAGACUGCACAAAGAGGGACAGAGCGAAAGAACGGGAGGAGUCUGAAGGAACCGAGAGAGCAGCGAAGAUCGAGGAGGAGAGCGAUGCAACUGUGGGGAAAGAAUGACCGACUGGGGGGCAUCGAAGGGAGACGGCAUGUUGGGAGGUUUGUAAGUGCCACAAAAAAACAAAAAAAACAAAGAAAAAAAAACGCCCAUGAAACUGAAAUCAGGAAAAAGUAUAUUUGUAUUUUAACUAUUUACAUGUUCUGUUUGUGUUGAGAAAUUCAGACCUGCAUGAAUAAGUGAAACGAUCAAAGACCCAUUCCUUCAUUUUUAUCUCGACGACUCCAGCUGAACUGCUGCCUGAUUCUUCUAACUUUCAAUUUACUUUUGUUUCUGUUCAACUUUCCUCACAGAUUAAACGUCUUGACAUUGUUUUCCUUUAGGUUCUGCAACAAAACAUUUUAUCUUCACACUGUUGCUUUACAGUUAAUACUAAACGACUUAAAAUGAGACAGUUAGCACAAAAAAUACGCUAGUUAGCAAGUAUUCUUCAUACAAUUAGAUUCAGAAAUACAGCUGAAACCAGAUAUUUACAUACUCUAUUUAAACCAAAAGUGGGAAAUUUUUUGUUUCUUUAUGGCUUUUUGUUGUUAACUUGUUACAUUUCAGAAGAUUAAAUGCAUUUUCUUAGGAUUUGGUAGGAUUGUUAUUCGAAAUGAAUGACUUGCUCAAGUUUCUCACAAUAGUUUGCAGGAACUUUGUCCCAUUCCUCUUGACUGACCCGGUCCAGCAGAAUCGGGUUGGUCACAUUUCAAAACACUGACUUUACUUUCCUUAAAGCCACUUUGAAGCUAGCUUAGCGGUAAGACUUGAAGUCAAAAACUUUCAUCAAACUUUAAAUUCCUGGCUGACGUCUAAAGAUAUUUCUUCUUCAUCACUGAGUGGACGACCAAGAUCUCUCUUUAUUCUAUUAUCUACUUAGUAUAAAUAUUAGUGUUUAUUAGAACUGACUUAAGACAGGAAGGUUUUUAUUUCAGGCAAUAAAAAUUAAACGUUUUCAAGGCUGUUAUAAAUAUCUGGCUUCACCUGUAAGUAUCUGAUGCAAAAUUUAAGUGUAAGUUUUCCAACAAUUAAUGUUUUAAAGAAGAAGCUUUACUAGAAAAAAAAAAAAAGAAGGUACUAAAUUUUUUUUUUUUUUUAGUUUUUUGGUACUGAUGUGUUUUUUUUUUAUUACUCUGUUCUCUUUUUACUGAAUAAAAAUGCUCAUUUAUUAUUAUCAUUGUGAUAAAUAUUAUUUGUAAAGAUUGAUGGGUUUGAUGGAGUUGUGUGUAGCAGCUUAUCACUUAUUGGUAUUAACUUAUGCAGACUUGAACUUUGGUAAUCAGUCGGUCAGACUUCAUAUGAGAUGCUGGAGAAAAUGAAAUGAAUCCAGAAAACAAAAUGCCUUAAAAAAAUAAAUAAAACAGUUCAGGAAUCCUUCUUUACUUCUGUAAAUUGUGACAUUUAUUUCAAACUUCAGGCAUUAAAAUGUGCAUUAAAACAAACUCAGUGCAAGCAGUCGGAUGGAAAAUAGAUUUUCAAAUGUGAUGCUUUAACUUGAAAAUCCAGUGCUUUAUUCUUAAACAUGAGCUAAUAAUGGUUUCCACAAUACAGUGCAAUUUUUAUUUUAUUUUAUUUUUUUUCAUUUUAAAUUGUCAUUAUAAAUAUGAUUAUUAUUGUUGUUGUUGUGUUGGGAAAGUCCGGUUUUUGUUUUGGUUUUAUGUGUUGUCAUUAGGAGUCCUGCUGGACAGAGGCGUUACCAUGACAAUGAGGGAAACGAAGCCCAGCUUCCAAUCAGAUCAGAGAAAUGUGAGUUCAGGCAGAUUUCAGAGACGAUCCAACAUCCUGGUUACGAACUUCAACGCCGAUGGUGAUCAGUGAUCAAUGACAAUGAUUAUGGUAAUGAUAUUUGUGAUGAUCUUUUAAAUAAAACGGGAUGAGAUUUUUCA